CAGCAGAUCCCCAUCUCCCUGGGCUUUUCCCAUCCUCGACGCAUCGACCCAAACCCUAAUCCCGUCCGCUCCCCUCCCUCCUCCUCCUCCCCCUCCCCGCCCCAUGGAUCGCGACCGCUCCUCCCGCCGCGCCCGCGAUGACGACGACCGCCACCACCGCUCCCGCGACCGCGACGACCAUCGCCGCCGCCACGACACCGACGCCGACGACCACCGCCACCACAAGCGCGACGGUGGUGAUGACGACGACCGCCGCCGCCGCCGCCACCACCACCACGACGGAGGCGGUGAGGAGGAGCGCCGGUCCCGCCGCCACCGCCACCAGCGCGAUGGCAGCCGCCGGUCCCUGUCCCCGUCCGAGUCCCCGCCCCACGUGAAGCGGGAGCGGUCGUCGAGCCGCGCUCCCAGGGACUCCGUCGAGCGCCGAGACUUGGCCGACCAAGAGCAUCCGCCGCCUUCGCGGAAGCGGAAGGGCCACGAGGGCGGGGGCAACGAAUCCGACCCUGAAGGUGGGAAGCGGGCGAGGGCUUCCGUAGAGCCGCCCCCGCCAAAGGAGGAGAGGCGGAGGCGGGAGCGACGGAGGUUUGAGGAUGCCGAUGCAAAUGGGAAGCAUGGCGAUGAUAGUAGUAAAGGCGAUAAGGAUAACUCAAACCAUGAGAAGAGGAAAGUGGAGCUAUCAUUAAACGGAGAUUCACGGAGUGGUCUGGUGCCCAAUGCUGGUGUUCACCAACUGCUCAAUGGUGCACCUGUUGUGGUGCCAUCAUCUGAUCCUGUUCCUUCAAAGGUAUCUUCGAUUACUACCACCAAUGAAAAUGAAGGAGUUAGUAUUAGAUCUGAUGAGGUUACUGGAAAAUCUAGUACAGAUGGAAGUACAACUUCAGCCGCUGGCAAAAGUAGUAACCUAUCUCUUGAUGCUUUAGCCAAAGCUAAAAAAGCAUUGCAACUGAAGAAGGAAUUAUCAGAAAAACUCAAGAAGUUACCUGUGCUUAACAACAAACUUGGUGCUACUAGUGCUGAUACACAAAUUCCAAAGAACGAAACACAGCAUGUUUCUAGCUCUAGUGCAUCAGGAAUGUCUGUAGGUGCAGCUUCCAGUCUUACUGACAGUAGUACCUCUGCGAUGCCUGCUACAGCAGGUGCAGUUGGUAUUCCGGGCCUUGCUAACAUUCCCAAUUUGGAUGCUGUAAAGCGAGCACAGGAGCUUGCUGCUAAGAUGGGAUUCCGACAGGACCCACAAUUCGCACCUCUCAUCAAUUUGUUUCCAGGUACAACCUCUGAACUAACUGUGCCUCAAAGACCUGCAAAGGCACCUGUUCUCCGUCUUGAUGCUCAGGGUAGGGAAAUUGAUGAGCAUGGGAAUGUUAUCAACAAGACCAAACCAACCAAUUUGAGUACUCUAAAGGUCAACAUAAAUAAGCAAAAGAAGGAAGCUUUCCAAAUAAUCAAACCUGACUUGGAUUCCCUUGCAAAAUCAAGUGCGCAUUUUGAUGAAAGGAUGGGCAUCAACCAAAACAAGCUUCUCCGCCCUAGAAGGCCUGGGUUUCAGUUUAUUGAGGAAGGAAAACUUUCGAGGCAGGCUGAGCUGCAGAGAAUUAAGAAUCAAUUUGGUGAAGCACAAGCUAAAGAACUUAAAGUCAAGCAAGCUCAACUUGCAAAGGCAAAGGCAGAAGUUGACAUGAACCCAAACCUGAUUGAAGUUGCUCCUGGAAGGCCUCCAAAGCAAAAGCAGAAGGAAGAGAUUCCUGACAUUGAGCCAUGGGAUGCAAAAAUUUUACUUUCUCCAACAUACAAUGAUUUCUCCAUGGAGAAGGUUAAUAUGGACAAAAUCACUAUAUAUGUAGAGCAUCCAGAGCCAUUCGAGCCACCAGCUGAGCCUGCACCACCACCGCCUCAGCCACUUAAGCUGACUAAGAAAGAACAGAAGAAACUCAGAACACAAAGACGCCUUGCUAAGGAGAAAGACAGGCAAGAAAUGAUCAGACAAGGCCUCUUGGAGCCACCAAAGCCCAAGGUCAAGAUGAGCAAUCUUAUGAAAGUACUUGGAGCUGAAGCUACACAGGAUCCAACACGUAUGGAGAUGGAAAUACGAACUGCUGCUGCAGAGCGUGAGCAGGCUCAUGUAGACCGCAACAUUGCCCGCAAGCUCACUCCAUCAGAGCGCCGCGAGAAGAAAGAGAGGAAGCUUUUUGAUGAUCCUAACACCCUAGAGACCAUAGUUUGUGUGUACAGAAUCAGAGACCUGUCACAUCCACAAACACGUUUUAAGGUUGAUGUGAAUGCACAAGAGAACCGGCUAACUGGUGCUGUAGUCAUAACAGAUGGGAUCAGUGUUGUUGUUGUUGAGGGAGGGAAGAAGUCCAUCAAAAGGUACAAUAAGCUGAUGCUGAACCGGAUUGACUGGGCUACUGCAGUUGGUGGUGAUGAUGAUGCUGAAGAGGAAUCAGACAAGCCGGUGAAUAGCUGUGCAUUAGUCUGGCAGGGUAGUGUGGUAAAACCCAGCUUUACCAGAUUCAGUGUACACAAUUGCCGGAGUGAGGCUGCUGCGAAGAAGGUGUUUGCAGAUGCUAAUGUUCCACACUACUGGGACCUGGCUGUUAACUUCUCAGAAGAUUGAUUCAUUUUGAACUUGAGCUUCAGUUUAGAACAUGGAGGUGCCUGCUGUGGAAAUCCCUGCAUAGGGAUUACAAUGCUCAAUUCUUAUGCAUUAAGUGACGACUGGCUGCUGUUGUAUCACCUUUCACCUCGGGCAAGUGUACGCAUGAAGUUACUUACAAGCCUCCCUACAUGCUCUUGGAGCAUUUGUGGACUUAGUAAUAAAUACUUUGUACUGUUAUGAACCUGCCGUUUUAAGGGAUUGUUGAUGUUUGUUGCGA